AUGGCAUACGAAGGCGCUAUUGGCAUUGACCUAGGCACGACGUACUCGUGCGUGGGCGUGUGGCAGAAUGAGCGCGUGGAGAUCAUCGCGAACGACCAAGGUAACCGCACGACGCCGUCCUACGUGGCCUUCACCGAUACGGAGCGCCUCAUUGGUGACGCGGCGAAGAACCAGGUGGCGAUGAACCCGCACAACACCGUGUUCGACGCGAAGCGCCUCAUUGGCCGCAAGUUCAGCGACUCUGUGGUGCAGGCGGACAUGAAGCACUGGCCCUUCAAGGUCAUCACGAAGGGCGAUGAGAAGCCUGUGAUCCAGGUGCAGUUCCACGGCGAGACCAAGACGUUCAACCCGGAGGAGAUCAGCUCGAUGGUGCUGCUCAAGAUGAAGGAGGUGGCGGAGUCGUAUCUGGGCAAGCAGGUGAAGAAGGCGGUGGUGACGGUGCCCGCGUACUUCAACGACUCGCAGCGGCAGGCGACGAAGGACGCCGGCACGAUUGCGGGGCUGGAGGUGCUGCGCAUCAUCAACGAGCCGACAGCCGCCGCCAUCGCGUACGGCCUGGACAAGGUGGAGGACGGCAAGGAGCGCAACGUGCUCAUCUUCGACCUUGGCGGCGGCACGUUCGACGUGACGCUGCUGACGAUCGACGGCGGCAUCUUUGAGGUGAAGGCCACGAACGGCGACACGCACCUUGGCGGCGAGGACUUCGACAACCGCCUCGUCGCGCACUUCUGCGACGAGUUCAAGCGCAAGAACAAGGGCAAGGACCUGUCGUCGAGCCAGCGUGCGCUGCGCCGCCUCCGCACGGCCUGCGAGCGCGCCAAGCGCACCCUGUCGUCUGCGGCGCAGGCGACGAUCGAGAUCGACGCGCUCUUCGACAACAUCGACUUCCAGGCGACCAUCACCCGCGCGCGCUUCGAGGAGCUGUGCGGCGACCUCUUCCGCGGCACGCUGCAGCCGGUGGAGCGUGUGCUGCAGGACGCCAAGAUGGACAAGCGCGCCGUGCACGACGUUGUGCUCGUCGGCGGCUCCACGCGCAUCCCCNCGCGCGCGCUUCGAGGAGCUGUGCGGCGACCUCUUCCGCGGCACGCUGCAGCCGGUGGAGCGUGUGCUGCAGGACGCCAAGAUGGACAAGCGCGCCGUGCACGACGUUGUGCUCGUCGGCGGCUCCACGCGCAUCCCCAAGGUGAUGCAGCUGGUGUCUGA